AUGUCGUUAUUUUUCUUUCGUUCUUUUGAGGCGUGUUAUUUAUCGCUUCCUUUUCCUUCCCUAUUUCUGUUGAUUUUAUUUCGACGUUCAUAUUUUCACUUCUUUCUUUAUUUGUUGUUUUCCAUUAUUUUCUUCAUUUCUUCUUCUUUUCCCUUUCUUCCUUCCCGUCUUCAUUCAUGUUCUUUUUUCCUAUCCUUUUCCUUCAUGUCUUUUUACUUCAUGUCCAAUUCUAUCAUCCAGUCUUUCUUUCCUUUGUAUGCCACUCUUAAUUUUAUUUUCUCAUUCCUUUCAUUUUUUAUCAUCUCUUUCUUUCAUGCCAUUUUUGCUCAUCAUUCAUUCUUUCUUUCUUUUUUUCUCUCUCCUCACUUAUUUCUUCUCUUACCCUUUCUUCUUUCCUGUUAUUUUUUCCUUUUCUUUGUCCCUUAUGAGCAUUUUGCUCCUCGUCUAUUCUUUCUUUCUUUCUUUCUUUCUUUCUUUCGUUCUUUCGUUCGUUCGUUCGUUCGUUCACCCCUCUUAUUUGUGAUUUUCCGUUUCUUCCACGUCUUCGCUUUCCUUUUCUUUUUCCUCCAAGUUGUUUUUACUUCUCGCCCAUUCUUCUCUUUAUUCUUUUUUUCUUCCAUUUCUUUAGGAUUUGUAUUCUUUCUUCGCGAUCUUUCAUCAUUUUUCUAUUUUGUUUUUUUUUUAAUUAUUCUUUCUUUUUCUAUUUGCUAUCAUUUAUUUACCUUUCAUCUUUUCAUUCUUCUGUUAUUUUUUUUUCUGUUAUUUUCUUUUAUGUGUUUCUUUCUUUCUCUUGAAGUUUUCUUUUCUUUUUCAUCUUUUCCUUCAUAUGUUUUAUCCUAUUUAUUUACACCCAUCUCUAUUACCUACUUUUUUUCUUUUCAUAAAACUCAUCAUCAUUUUUUAUCAGAUUCUUCACGGGACCCGCAAGUGUCGUCGUCUGCGGCGUCAGGUCAUUUUUCGGCGCGCGAUCUAAUUCAUGCGGCGGCGCGGCAUUCCUGUCAGCGACCAGCGGCCUUCACUCGUCGUCUGCGUCACCGUCGUCUCCUAAAAGAACGUCGCGUCGUCGUCGCUCCGUCUCGCCAUCGUGGUCUUCCCUACCGCCGAUUGGUAACCUCCCCUCCAGUUUCCUGCGUCCCUACUCUACCUACCUCCGCGUCUAUCGUCCGUUUUGAGCUCGUGCGCGGUCGGCGGUCGCUCAACGUAGCGCCAUCUCGCAGGCCUCACAGUCAUAAGAGGAGCGUGCCACCUGCUUGGCUGAGAAAGCUGCCUACAGUGCUUCAUUGCGAUCAAGGCUCAAGAACGCACAAAGGUCGAGAAAAGAACGCACAGGCUGUAGCAACCGCCUCCGUAUCUCGGGGUUACGAGACUCAUCAUGAAAGGCUUCUUCGUAACGUAAGAAACUCUGCUGCCAUUGCGAAAUCGAGGGCAAUAGAGUCACUUGACCGCAGGCGCAAUCGUCAAUCCAGGGAUGCUGAUGCAACAGCGACCGCUAAGGCUGCUGAGACAUCGCUCCGUAGGUCUGUUCGAAAUGCUACCACCACUGCCAGGUCGGGGGCAGCUGAAACAUUUGACCGCACGCGUGUCCAUCAGUUCCGGGACGCUGCUGCAACAGCAACUGCUAUGGCUGCUGAGACACAGCUACGUAAUUCUGUUCGAAAUGCUAGGAAUGCUGCUACCACUGCCAGGUCGAAGGCAGCUGAAACAUUUGACCGCAGGCGCGCCCGUCAAUCCAGGGACGCUGCUGCAACAGCUAGGUCGAGACAGAGAUGCAGCGGGCACCCCGCAAUGCCCGCAACGCUGCAGCGACUUCUGCUGCUAGAAACUCCUGGACCCACAGACAAGGGCAGACAGACUUUCAAGGGCUGCUACAAACAUGGCCGGUACUACAACCUACAGGCCGAAACCCGGAUUGGCAUUUUGCCUACGUCAGGAAGAGUUCCUCGCAGGGACGUCAUACUACUACUUCAGGCCAUGCUUCACGAGGUUAACAGCUACAGUCGCAGUUUCAAAUUUGCUUUGGAAAAUGCUCCCUUUCCUUCCAUCAGCCUGGUAAUUGACGCCGAGAAACGGCCUCACGAUGAACACGAACGCCGCUACACUGCUCUUGCGUGCAACGAAAUAGCCGCUAUUAUACAUGAGGAAGACGGCGCUCUUCGCAAGAUUUCAGAGACCCAUCUAUCAUAUGACGCAUUGCAGUACCCUUUACUUUUCCCUUAUGGUGACGAUGGCUACCACUUCGACAUUCCCCUUUCAUACUCCGGGUGGCCAACCUACAUCUUCUUUCAAAGCCUUAUCGUGCAAGGCCUUCUACUCAUACCGGUUCAUGUUUAG